AUGUCGGCUGCCAAGGAGAACCCUUGCCGGAAAUUCCAGGCCAACAUCUUCAACAAGAGCAAGUGUCAGAACUGCUUCAAGCCGCGCGAGUCGCAUCUGCUUAACGACGAAGACCUGAGCCAGGCAAAACCCAUCUAUGGUGGCUGGCUGCUCCUGGCUCCCGAUGGAACUGACUUUGACAACCCAGUACAUCGGUCUCGGAAAUGGCAGCGGAGGUUCUUCAUCCUCUACGAGCAUGGCCUUCUGCGCUAUGCACUGGACGAGAUGCCUACCACCCUUCCCCAGGGUACUAUCAACAUGAACCAGUGCACAGACGUGGUAGACGGAGAGAGCCGGACAGGCCAGAAGUUCUCUUUGUGCAUCCUGACACCUGAAAAGGAGCAUUUCAUCCGGGCUGAGAAUAAGGAGAUCAUCAGCGGAUGGUUGGAGAUGCUCAUUGUCUACCCCCGGACCAACAAGCAGAACCAGAAGAAGAAACGAAAAGUGGAACCUCCUACACCCCAGGAGCCAGGGCCUGCCAAGAUGGCUGUCACCAGCAGCAGCAGCAGCAUCCCCAGUGCUGAGAAAGUUCCCACCACCAAGUCUACUCUCUGGCAGGAAGAAAUGAAGGCCAAGGACCAACCAGAUGGAAGCAGCUUGAGUCCAGCCCCAAGUCCAGGCCAGAGCCAGCCUCCAGUUGCCAGCUCCCUACAGGACCCUGGGCUGGAGGGCAGAGAAGAAGAGAUCACCAUGAGCAGUGAGCAGAUGGAUUGUGGCCGCAAAGUCCGAGUGGAGAGCGGCUACUUCUCCUUGGAGAAGACAAAACAGGACUUGAAGGCUGAAGAGCAGCAGCUGCCCCCACCACUCUCUCCCCCCAGCCCCAGCACCCCCAGCAACAGGAGGUCCCAGGUAAUUGAAAAGUUCGAGGCUUUGGACAUUGAGAAGGCAGAGCACAUGGAGACCAAUGCACUAGCUGGGCCAAUGCCAGCCAGCGAUACUCGCCAGGGCCGCAGUGAGAAGCGGGUGUUCCCCAGGAAGCGGGACCUCACCGCCGAAGUCCAUACAGCCCCGCUCCUAGAUGCACCAGCUCCCCCUCUGUCUCCACAGCGAAGAGCCAAGUCACUGGACAGGAGGUCCACGGAGCCCUCCAUGACGCCCGACCUGCUGAAUUUCAAGAAAGGCUGGCUGACCAAACAGUAUGAGGACGGCCAGUGGAAGAAACACUGGUUUGUCCUGGCCGAUCAAAGCCUGAGGUACUACAGGGAUUCAGUGGCUGAGGAGGCUGCUGACCUGGAUGGGGAAAUUGACUUGGCUACAUGUUACAAUGUCACUGAAUAUCCAGUCCAGAGAAACUAUGGCUUUCAGAUACAUACAAAGGAAGGUGAAUUUGCUCUCUCCGCCAUGACAUCGGGGAUCCGGCGAAACUGGAUCCAGACCAUCAUGAAGCAUGUCCACCCAACCACUGCUCCGGAUGUGACAAGCUCGUUGCCAGAGGAGAAGAGCAAAAGCAGCUCCCCUGAGACUCGCCAUAGGCCAAAUGAAAAGCAGGAAGGCGACCUAGGAGAGCCAGACCCUGAGCAGAGACGAAGCCGUGCUCGGGAGCGGAGACGUGAGGGGCGCUCCAAGACCUUUGAUUGGGCCGAGUUCCGCCCCAUCCAGCAAUCCUUGGCCCAGGAACGAGCCAGUGCUACAGGGUCCUGUGAUGCCCAGGAGUCUGGGUGCCUCGAGGCUGACCCAGGGGAGCAGGAGCUAGAGCGGGAUCGCACCCGGCGCCGGGAGGAGCGCCGCCGACGUUUCGGGGUACUCGACACUGUGGAUGGGCCAGGGGUAGAUGACGCUGUCUUGCGAAUGGAGGUUGACCGGAGCUCAGGACUACCUGUGACUUCAGACCUCAAGACACAGAGUGUCCAUGUGGAGAUUGAGCAGCGUUGGCAUCAGGUGGAAACCACCCCGCUUCGAGAAGAAAAACAAGUGCCCAUUGCCCCACUGCACCUGGCCUCCUCCGAGGAUGGAAGCGACCGGCUCCCCACACAUGAGCUGACUUCUCUGCUGGAAAAGGAGUUGGAACAGAGCCAGAAAGAAGCCUCCGAACUCCUAGAGCAGAAUCGGCUUCUCCAGGACCAGCUGCGAAUGGCACUGGGCCGGGAGCAGAGUGCACGGGAGGGCUACGUGCUGCAGGCCACAUGUGAGCGGGGGUUUGCCGCCAUGGAGGAGACACACCAGAAAAAGAUUGAGGACCUGCAGCGGCAGCACCAGCGAGAGCUGGAGAAGCUGCGUGAGGAGAAGGACCGCCUGCUGGCAGAGGAGACUGCUGCCACCAUCUCAGCUAUCGAGGCCAUGAAGAAUGCCCACCGGGAGGAGAUGGAGCGGGAGCUGGAGAAGAGCCAGCGCUCCCAGAUCAGCAGCAUCAACUCGGACAUUGAAGCCCUGAGACGGCAGUACCUGGAGGAGCUGCAGUCGGUGCAGAGGGAGCUGGAGGUGCUCUCAGAGCAGUACUCUCAGAAGUGCCUAGAGAACGCUCACCUGGUCCAGGCACUGGAGGCUGAGAGGCAGGCCCUACGGCAGUGCCAACGUGAGAACCAGGAGCUCAACGCCCACAACCAGGAGUUAAAUAACCGCCUGGCUGCCGAGAUCACACGACUGCGGACAUUGUUGACCGGAGACAGUGGAGGGGAGGCUGGGAGUUUGCCCCUCACACAGGGCAAGGAUGUCUAUGAAUUAGAGGUCUUACUGCGGGUCAAGGAGUCAGAGAUUCAGUACCUGAAACAGGAAAUCAGUUCCCUCAAGGAUGAACUGCAGACAGCACUUCGGGACAAGAAGUAUGCUAGUGAUAAGUACAAAGACAUCUACACAGAGCUCAGCAUCGUGAAGGCAAAGGCAGACUGUGACAUCAGUAGGUUGAAGGAACAGCUAAAAGCAACUACAGAAGCUCUGGGUGAGAAGUCUCCUGAAAACACCAUGGUGUCGGGAUAUGAUAUCAUGAAAUCUAAAAGCAACCCAGACUUCUUAAAGAAAGACAGAUCCUGUGUCAGCCGUCAACUCAGAAAUAUCAGGUCUAAGUCCGUAAUUGAGCAGGUCUCAUGGGAUAACUGA